UGCUUUCUUUGCCUGGAAUUUCCCUUGGUAUCUCUUCUACACAUCUCACCAUGGCUGACUUCAAAGGGAUCGCGGACCAGUUCGUCGGCUUCUACUACCAGACCUUUGAUGCCGAUCGAAAUGGCCUUGCUGGUCUCUAUCGCGACCACUCCAUGCUUACAUUCGAGGACUCCCCGUGCCAAGGCACUGCUGCCAUUCUGGAGAAGUUGACGAGCCUCCCCUUCCAGAAAGUCGUUCACCGGGUCGCCACCCUCGAUGCCCAGCCUGCCAGCGAAAAUGGGAGCAUUCUCGUCAUGGUCACCGGCGCUCUCAUGGUCGACGACCAGCCUCAACCCAUGAACUACUCUCAGACCUUCCAGCUUCAGCCUGAUGGACAGGGCAGCUACUUCGUCUUCAACGACAUCUUCCGCCUCGUUUACCCUGCCCAGUAAAUUGGAAUGGCGAUAAAUGGUGCUUUUGCGUACCAUCUCCAGGGGAUCAGCUUAGACAACCUUGAAG